UGCGAAUUAUGUUUGCAUUUGGUGGUGUAUGAAGUGAACUAGCGUUUGCAAUCUUAUCAUCGGCGUUGCUUAUUACAGUUUUACAGUCGGAGAAAGUUGCGCAUCGCUUGUUGAAUGCAGGAUACCUUCUGUUUGAGUGUCAAUUCCAAGUUCAGCUUUGGAGCAGCAGCCGGUAAGGAGCGGGGACUCCAGCUUCUCACCUCACUCGCCGCCGAAAUGAAGUCUGCAGAAGAAGAUGCAUACAGCUACACACCAAAUGUCAGCCUGUCCCUUCCGCUGGGCAUGGGAAACCCUUGUCUGGCCACCCAAUACCACACCUUACAGUCCAGCCCAGUCAUCUCAGUUUCUUCUUGCCACCAGACAGGCUACAACCUCCAAAAUGACAACCAUGCAGCAUCAGGCUAUUACCUGCCCCACGGCCUGAGACCCAACGGGGCUCCAGCCCUGGAAAGCCCCCGUAUUGAGAUCACUGCCUACAGCCAGUAUCCUGAGGAUGAGGUAGAAGAGAGCAACACUGAUGACCAUGUCAUCAAACGAGGCGUUAACUCCAUUGUGACGCUGACACUGCCCAAUGCAGACGGCUACCGCGAUCCCAGCUGCCUCAGCCCUGCUAGUAGCAUUUCCUCACGCAGCUGUAACUCUGAAGCGUCCUCCUACGAGUCCAGCUUCUACAACUAUGACAACUCCCCACAGAACUCCCCCUGGCAGUCACCCUGCGUUUCUCCCAGAGGCUCUUCCUCGCUCUUGUCCUGCCCGCAUGCCAGUGGCCCUGCAACCUCCCCUCACCAUUCACCCUCCACCUCCCCUCAGAUAGGAGCUGUUGCAGAGGAAGGCUGGCCAGCUCAACCUCGUGGCUCCAGGCCAAACUCCCCCUCCUGCAGUGGAGGCGGUGGAGGCAACGGCGGCGGAGGCGGCAUGGGGAAGAGAAAGUACAGUUUCAACGGCGCCCCCUACCGUCAGACAUCCUGCUCACCCAACCAGUCUCCCACCCCUUCCCCACAUGGCUCACCCAGGGUCAGUGUCACAGAUGAGAACUGGCUCGCCAAUGCCAACCAGUACACCAACUCUGCCAUCGUGGCCGCCAUCAAUGCUCUGACCACAGACGGAGUGGUAGAUAUGGGAGAGGGAAUCCCAAUCAAGACACGUAAAACCAUGAUAGACCAUUCAUCCUCCAUGAGCCUCAAGGUGGAACCUGGCGGUGAGGACCUGUGUCUCGAUGAGGAGCUCUGCCAUGAGGACUAUCCUUCCCGUCUAGCCCUCAAGAAGGAAAACUACUGUGGAGGGUUCUUGGAUGUGCCCCAGCAUCCCUACCCCUGGUCUAAACCCAAGCCUUACCUCAGCCCAUCUCUGCCAGCUCUUGACUGGCAGCUUCCAUCCUGCUCCGGCCCAUACAGCCUACAGAUUGAGUUGCAGCCAAAAUCCCACCACAGGGCCCACUAUGAGACUGAGGGCAGCCGAGGGGCAGUGAAGGCCUCGUCUGGAGGGCACCCCGUAGUACAGCUUUAUGGCUACAUGGAAAGCGAGCCACUCACCCUGCAGCUGUUCAUAGGGACCGCAGACGACCGCCUCCUGCGACCACAUGCCUUCUACCAGGUCCACCGCAUCACCGGCAAAACUGUCUCCACCGCCAGCCAUGAAGUCAUGCAAUCCAACACCAAACUUCUGGAGAUCCCUCUGCAGCCUGAAAACAACAUGAGAGCAAUAAUUGAUUGUGCAGGGAUCCUGAAGCUGCGUAACUCAGACAUUGAGCUUCGCAAAGGGGAAACAGACAUCGGACGUAAAAACACACGCGUGAGGUUGGUUUUUCGAGUCCACAUCAAUCAACCCAACGGCAGGACAGUAUCCCUUCAGGCUUCCUCCAAUCCCAUCGAAUGUUCCCAGCGCUCAGCUCAGGAGCUUCCCUUGGUGGAGAAGCAGAGUGUGGACAGUUACCCUGCCAGUGGAGGCAAAAUGAUGCUCCUGAGCGGUCUCAACUUCCUCCCUGACUCUAAGGUGAUGUUCGUGGAGAAGGCCCAGGACGGUCAUCAUCUGUGGGAGACAGAAGCUAAAGUUGACAAGGACUCUGUCAAAUCUAAUUCACUUGUUGUGGAGAUCCCACGGUACCGGAACCAGAGAAUAUCCAGCCCGGUGCAAGUAAACUUCUACGUCUGCAAUGGCAAAAGGAAGAGGAGCCAAUAUCAGCGCUUCAACUACUUGCCUCCCAAUGUGCCGAUAAUAAAGACAGAACCCAGUGAUGAAUAUGAUUCUCUGGGGACUGCAGGGCUAUCCAUGCAUUCAAAGCCCUACUUCAGCCAGCCCAGGCUCACUCCCAUCAUGCCUGUAGCUGAUCCUGAUGCCUGCCUGGUCGGUGGCUACCCUCCCUGCCCGCCUCGCCAUGCCGCCAUACCGUCAUCAUCCCCCAGUUCCAGCCCCACUCUGCAUGACUUGUCCCCCGUGGCAUACAGCAAGUGCCUCCCCCACAGUCCUACCCAUGCAGCACCACCAGGCCCCUUGGUCCCCUCCAUCCAGGAGACCCCUGGCCGUUCAACCCUUACACACCCAGCUUCUCCAGACCACAGCUCAUCCCUAGGAAUGCUCCAUUCCCAAGGCAGCCCCAUUCACCUCAACAGUCCAGGACCCCAUGGUUUCAACCCUAUCUAUGCCAACAGCAGCCCCUCGUCCUCUCCGGUCUCCCACCCUUCCACACCCGGUGGGGCUGUGGAGAGUCCGUUCAUUCAGGCCUACAGUCCCAGUCAGGCCCAGGCUGGAGGGAGCUCACCCACCCUGCUCCGUGAGGAUUCCAGUCCCCCUUCGAUGGCCAUCACCGUCAAACAGGAGCCCCAGGAACUGGACCAGAUGUACCUAGAUGAUGGUGAGGCUCUCGGCCCUCGUCAUCUUCACAGUCACUUCCCUCUGAUUUGCCAAAGAACACAGAGCAGAUAA